AUGUUGUUGUUUUGCCUUCUCCUUCUCCUGCUUCAAAAAUCACGACCCAGGUUGACCAACACGCAGUUCUCCGAGGCGGAGCUCAAAGCGAUCGUGGAGGAGGCGGGUGCGGCCGGGACCUACGUGUGCGCCCACGCCUACACCCCCGCCGCCAUACAGCGCGCCGUGAAAUGCGGCGUGGCGUCUAUCGAACACGGCAAUUAUCUGGACGAGUACACAGCGCGGCUCAUGAGCCAUCGACGGGUCUUCUUGGUACCGACUCUGGUAACGUACCGCGAGAUUGUACGGCAUGGUACGGCGGCGGGGAUGCCAGAGGUAUGGAGGAGUGGGAGCGGGGGUUCGUGUAAGCUGGUUGCCAAGGUUGGUGAUGCUGUCGACGCGGGUCUCAGGUCGCUGUCCAUUGCCGACAAAGCCAAGGUGCCCAUGUGCUUCGGAAGCGACUUGCUAGGGAACAUGCAUCCUGCACAGGCUGGCGAGUUCGAGCUACGAGCACGUGUGCUGCCAUCCGCCUCCAUCUUGCGCUCGGCCACCGUCAAUUGCGCGGCACUGUUCGGGAUGAAGAAACUGAGCCGACCUUCUGCUGCUGCGGCCCGGGCUGGAUCCGUUGGCUGACGUGGCGGUGUUGGCGGCUCCGGGGGGCGGUGCGGUGGCGGCGGUGUUCAAGGACGGACUACUGGCCACUGCUACGGGCUUGUGAGAAAGGAGGGGCCUGGAUGCACCUGGGUGCAGUGUAUUUUAUUUUUAUUGGCGCCCUUGCGAAAUAAUGUGACUGGCUGGGGCCGGUGGCGUUUGGAUGGUAUAUGUGUGCGCUGGACUUUGGGAUUAUGUUUUGUCCUCAGUAGUUUUUUUUUCUUUCGUGCUUCUGUGUGGGAGUAGAAUCACGUCCUGUUGCUUUUUCUGUGUUGGAUAAUGUGCGAGAGGGAUAUGAACUUUCUCGAAGGUUCCUUUUGGCUGUAGAUUCAAAUAGGUGUCGGCCGAGCGAGGAGUCGGUCAAACGCUUUUCUUC